CGUCGGCUCCCGAACUAGUUUUGUUCGGGCGGGUAGGGGGAAAGGUCCUCGGGAUAGGAACCCCUCGGAGAGAACCCUCGGCAGGACCAACGCGACCCCCGCCGGCACCGCGGCAAUGUCCAGCAACAGUUUCGCUUACAAUGAGCAGUCCGGAGGAGGGGAGGCGGCGGAGCUGGGGCAGGAGGCUACCUCCACCAUUUCACCCGCCGGCGCCUUCGGCCUCUUUAGCAGCGACCUGAAGAAGAAUGAAGACCUAAAACAAAUGUUGGAGAGCAACAAAGACUCAGCUAAGUUGGAGGCUAUGAAACGGAUUGUUGGGAUGAUUGCAAAAGGGAAAAAUGCAUCUGAACUCUUUCCUGCUGUUGUGAAGAAUGUGGCCAGUAAAAAUAUUGAGAUCAAGAAGUUGGUAUAUGUUUAUCUGGUCCGAUAUGCUGAAGAACAGCAGGAUUUGGCACUCUUGUCCAUAAGCACUUUUCAGCGCGCUUUGAAGGAUCCAAAUCAACUAAUCCGUGCAAGUGCUUUGAGAGUUCUGUCAAGUAUCAGAGUGCCAAUUAUUGUUCCUAUCAUGAUGCUUGCUAUUAAGGAAGCUGCUGCUGACUUAUCACCAUAUGUUAGGAAAAAUGCAGCCCAUGCAAUACAGAAAUUGUACAGUCUUGAUCCAGAGCAGAAGGAAAUGUUAAUUGAAGUAAUUGAAAAACUUCUAAAAGAUAAAAGUACUUUGGUAGCUGGCAGUGUUGUGAUGGCUUUUGAAGAAGUAUGUCCUGAUAGAAUAGAUCUGAUUCACAAGAAUUACCGCAAACUAUGUAACUUACUGGUGGAUGUAGAAGAGUGGGGACAGGUUGUCAUAAUCCAUAUGCUAACUCGCUAUGCUCGUACACAGUUUGUCAGUCCUUGGAAGGAGGUGGUGAUGGCAGUUGCUCAGCUGUACUGGCACAUAUCACCAAAGUCAGAAGCUGGCAUUAUUUCUAAAUCCCUAGUGCGCUUACUUCGUAGCAAUAGGGAAGUGCAAUAUAUUGUCCUACAAAAUAUAGCAACUAUGUCAAUUCAAAGAAAGGGUAUGUUUGAGCCUUAUCUGAAGAGUUUCUAUGUUAGGUCAACUGAUCCAACUAUGAUCAAAACACUAAAGCUUGAAAUUUUGACAAACUUGGCAAAUGAAGCCAAUAUAUCUACUCUUCUUCGAGAAUUCCAGACCUAUGUGAAAAGCCAGGAUAAGCAAUUUGCAGCAGCCACUAUUCAGACUAUAGGCAGAUGUGCAACCAACAUCUCAGAAGUCUCAGACACCUGCCUCAAUGGCCUGGUCUGUCUACUAUCCAACAAAGAUGAAAUAGUUGUUGCUGAAAGUGUGGUUGUUAUAAAGAAAUUACUGCAAAUGCAACCUGCACAACAUGGUGAGAUAAUUAAACAUAUGGCUAAACUCUUGGACAGUAUCACUGUUCCUGUGGCUAGAGCAAGUAUUCUUUGGCUGAUUGGAGAAAACUGUGAACGAGUUCCUAAAAUUGCCCCUGAUGUUUUGAGGAAGAUGGCUAAAAGUUUCACUAGUGAAGAUGAUCUGGUAAAGCUGCAGAUUUUAAAUCUGGGAGCAAAGCUAUAUUUAACCAACUCCAAACAGACAAAAUUGCUUACCCAGUACAUAUUAAAUCUCGGCAAGUAUGAUCAAAACUAUGACAUCAGAGACCGUACAAGAUUUAUUAGGCAGCUUAUUGUUCCGAAUGAGAAGAGUGGAGCUUUAAGUAAAUAUGCCAAAAAAAUAUUCCUGGCACAAAAACCUGCACCGCUGCUUGAGUCUCCUUUUAAAGAUAGGGAUCAUUUCCAGCUUGGCACCUUAUCUCAUACUCUCAACAUUAAGGCUUCUGGGUACCUGGAAUUAUCUAAUUGGCCAGAGGUGGCGCCUGACCCGUCAGUUCGAAAUGUAGAAGUAAUAGAGUUGGCAAAAGAAUGGAUUCCAUCAGGAAAAGCAAAGAAAGAAAGUCCUGCUAAAAAAUUUUAUUCUGAAUCUGAGGAAGAACAGGACUCCGCUGAUAGCAGCAGUGACAGUGGGAGUGAAUCUGGAAGUGACAGUGAAGAGGAAGGAGACAGCAAUGAAGACAGCAGUGAGGACACCUUCAGUGAGGAGAGUGAGAAUACAAGUGAAUCAGAAGCAGAAAAUGAAAUAACAGCCAAGAGGAACUCCAAAGCCAAAAGAAAAAGUGAUAUAGAGGAUGGCAAGAAGAAAAAUGAGAAACCUAAAACUUCAGAUUCUUCUGAUGCUGAAUCUAGUUUAGAAGAAAGCUCAGAUUCUGAAUCAGAAUCAGAAUCUGAAAGUGACUCUGACUCCAGAAAAGUCACUAAGGAAAAAGGAAAAAAAGGUCAACAAGAUAGAAAUCCUCUAACCAAAGAUAUUUCACUUCUAGAUCUAGAUGAUUUCAGUCCAGCAUCUACUCCAAUCUCAUUUCCCACACCAGUUCUCUCUCCAAGUGUGAUCACUGAUCUUGAAGGCUUAAACUUGUCCACUUCUUCUUCAGCCAUCAAUGUUGCUGCUCCUGUCUUUGUACCAAUGAAAACACAUGUUCUGCUUCAUCGAAUGAGUGGAAAAGGACUGGCUGCCCACUAUUUCUUUCCGAGACAACCUUCCAUUUUUGGUGAUAAGAUGGUCUCUGUGCAAGUAACACUGAAUAAUACUUCAGAUCGAAAGAUAGAAAACAUCCACAUAGGGGAAAAAAAACUUCCUAUAGGCAUGCAAAUGCAUGUCUUUAAUCCAAUAGACUCUCUUGAGCCUGAGGCAUCCAUUACUGUUUCAAUGGGUAUAGACUUUUGUGAUUCUACACAGACUGCCAGUUUCCAGUUGUGCACCAAGGAUGAUUGUUUCAAUGUUAAUAUUCAGCCAUCUGUUGGAGAACUACUUUUACCUGUUGCCAUUUCAGAGAAAGAUUUUAAGAAAGAACAAGGAAUGUUAACAGGAAUGAAUGAAACCUCUGCUGUGGUCAUCACUGCACCACAGAAUUUCACUCCCUCCAUGAUCCUUCAAAAGGUUGUGAAUGUGGCCAACGUCGGCCCAGUGCCUUCUGGCCAAGAUAAUAUACACAGGUUUGCAGCUAAAACUGUGCACAGUGGGUCAUUGAUGCUGGUCACAGUGGAACUGAAGGAAGGCUCCACAGCCCAGCUUAUCAUCAACACUGAGAAAACUGUGAUUGGUUCUGUUCUGCUGCGGGAGCUGAAGCCUGUCCUGUCCCAGGGGUAACCUGCUUACAUCUGGACUUCAGAACCUGGCACACAACAAAAGUGCCUGGCAUCCACUACUGCUGCCUUUCAUUUAUAAUAAUAGCCCUUCCAUCUGGCAGUGGGGGAAGAAUACACUCUUGACAUUCUUGUCUCCUGCUUUAGAAUGCUAGUGUGUAUCUAUCAUGUAUGCAAUACUUUCCCCUCUUCACUUUGCUAACCAAAGAACAGAUAGAUAUUUUACUGUCAGUUAUCUCAACUCUUGAAUCCAUGUGGCAUUUUCUCUGUCUUCCUACUUCCUCAUCUUCCUUCUCUUUUCUAUCAAUGAUGAAUAUGAAUCAAGUAUUUAAAGUAUAUUGGAAACCAUCUUUCCUUCAGCAGUAAGCAAAAAUUAGCAAAGAAAUCGUCUAAAUUGUCUUUCAGCCUGGUAUAUGAAAAUGAGAUAAUACCUUUUAGAAUUAAAUGCAAAAGCAUGGUCUGCAAAAUUUUUUUCUUUGAAUUUUCUGGUAUUAUAAUUGGUUAUUGACAGCUGUCAUCAUGUUAUCCCUAAAUAAUAAGAUGAAUAAACUAGCAUAUGAACACCA